AUGUCGCUGCUCUUUGCUCCCCGCGCCGUUUCCCGCGCUCUGCGCUCUCCGAACUAUGUCUGCGGCGCGUGUCGGCGCGGGUUGACCACCUCGACGCGUCUUCAGUCGGGUCACAGCAAAUGGGCGACGAUCAAGCACGACAAGGCCAAGAAUGAUGCCGCUAAGAACAGACAGCGCUCGGUCUUCUCCCACGAAAUCAUCUUGGCGACAAAGCUGGGCGGUCCUGAACCAAGCUUGAACCCCCGGCUCGCCCUCGCAAUCGAACGAGCGAAAAAAGCAUCAUUCCCCAAGCAAGGCAUUGAGAGCGCAAUCAAGCGCGGCCAGGGUAUCUCCUCGACCGGCGCUGCUCUCGAGGUUGUUACUGUUGAAGCCAUCUUUCCGCCGUCUGUUGCCAUGGUCAUCGAGAUUGAAACCGAAAGCAAGCUCCGCUCUCUUGCAGACACGCGCAUGUGGAUCAAGAAAAAUGGCGGCAACGCCACACCUGUAGCAUACAUGUUCGAGAGGAAGGGCAUGGUCGUGUUCGAGGGCAAGGAAGGCUGGGGUCCCGACGAGGUGCUCGAACCGGCAUUGGAAGCUGGCGCGCUGGACGUCGAGGAUGCCGAAGAGGGCGCAAUCAUUGUCUACACUGACCCGGCUGAUACCAAGAAGGCUGCCGAGAGCAUAGCAUCUGCAACCGGAUUGGACAUUGCCUCAAUGGACAUUGUGUGGGUACCCAACGACGACACAAAGGUGCCGCUGGAGGGCAACGAGAACGUCGAGAAGAUCUCCAGAUUUCUGGACCAGCUGAAGGAAGUGUCGGGAGUGCAAGCAGUGUACUGGAACGCGACUCAGGGCAGUGUGGAAGACAGCGCGUGGGAGGAAUUGCUCAACAAGAUCGACGACUUUGAAUAG